AGUUAAAAAUUAUAAUUGUCUAAGAAUAUUAAGUACAAAUCAACCUUAUAAAGUAAUUUAUUUAAUACCAAAAACUAUGAGUUCUGUUUGUAAAUGUGAUUGCGGGAAAUUAAGUUCAUCAAUGAACGAUAACAAUUGGAAUAGACAUAUUAACUCAUGUAAAGUACGAAAAUUUAAAAGAAACUCGCAUGAUAUAAAAUCGUUUUUUUCUGGAAACAAGAAUAUAAAAAGCAAAUUGAUUCACCAAAUUACUGCUGUAAAAAAUACUAUUUUUGAUGUGAACAAUGAUUUAAAUGAAGACCAAAGUACUCCAGUUAAUAAAGAAUCAUUGGUUGAAUGUGAAAUUCAAAAAGAUACUGAGAUAAGCUCAUGUUUGCAAAAUAAAGAUGAUAUGGAUAUGGAUAUAAUUAAAAAUGAUCCAGCAAUUUUUGCUAAAAUGUCUAUUUUGUCACUAGAAAUUAAAGAUUACAUCUUAAAAUUUGGUCCUUGUCAACCGUUACAAGAUGAUUUACCUAAUAAAAUAUUUCCUUAUGAAAUUAACAAUGAAAAGAUAAAAAGAAGUUUUAAUGAUAAACAUUAUUACAGAAUUUUGUCUGAUAAAUCAAAAUGCCAUCGUGAUUGGUUGUCUUAUUCAUUAAGCAGAAAUAAAAUAUUUUGUAUUCAUUGCAUGCUUUUUGGAACCAAUUUGCAUAGUAAUUUAGAAAAAUCUUGGACCAAAGAAGGGUUUAAUAAAUGGAAAAAUUGUUCAUUUGCUAUUCAAAGACAUGAAUUAACUCCAGAUCAUGUAACAUCAUCUUUAAAAUGUAAAUUACGUCAAAACAAUGUGCCAAUUUUGCCUUCAAUUGAAAAUAAUAGAAAAACUCAGAUAGCAAUGAAUAGACAAGUUUUAUUAGAGCUUAUAGACAUUGUAAUAUACAUGGGACGUCAUAACCUGGCAUUUCGUGGGCAUUAUGAGGAUUGGUUUUCAAAUUCUCGAGGUAAUUUUAAGGACUUGGUUAUGUUAAUGUCUAAAAAUUCCGGACCAUUAGCGGAACACAUAAACUGUAUUCAACAAAAUGGAAAACGUGAAACAUCUUUUAUUUCAUGGCAAAGACAAAAUCAGUUGAUUGAAGCUAUUGCCAAAGAUAUUUCAUUUCAAAUACGAUCAUUUAUUAAAACUGUAAGAAUGUUUAGCAUAUCGAUUGAUACUACAUUUGAUGCAUCUCGUAAUGAACAAAUAUCAUUUAUUAUACGAUAUGCUGAUGAAGUGACUGGUGAGGUUCAUGAAAGACUAUUAGCAGUAAAGGAAUCACCAAUUACAUCUGGAAAAAAAUUAUAUGACAUUUUUGUAAAUGUAAUGGAAGCUGAAAAUUUGAAUUGGAAAGAAGAGCUGGUUGGUCAGUCAUAUGAUGGAGCUAGUAACAUGCGUGGUAACUAUAAUGGCCUCCAAGCUCAUAUUAAAGAAGAAAGCCCACAAGCAUUAUUUGUGUGGUGUCACUCCCAUCGUUUGGCUUUGGUAGUAAAACAAGCAGUAUCAUGCAACUCCAACGCAGUUGAUUUAUUUGGCAAUUUAGAAACUCUCUAUAUUUUUCUUUGGUGUUAAAAAAAAAGAGCAGCGA